GGCUGGACGCAGGAGCGCGCGCGGAUUUGUCCAGACUCAGAUCUGUGCUGAGCUGGCAGACGGGACUGCGUCUGGAUUGGCUGUGAGGAGGAGAAGAGGGAGGAGCCUCUCACAAUGAAUGUGCUGAGGACACAUGUUUACAAUGGUGGGGACAGAGGAAGAAUGGAGCUGCUCAGGAUCACUGAGCCCUGAGAGCCUCAGACAGAAGACUGAGGGGAAAAUGCUGCAGGUUCUGCUGGGACUUCUCUACCACACUUUUGAUCGCACAUAUGGUGCCUUAUUAGAGCAAAAACACAGACCAGGAACAGAGGUCAAGGAGGCCAGAGAGAAGUGUUUUCCUGCAGAACUGAAACUUCAGCUUGAACUUUUCUGAACUGUAAGCAGCUCAACAGGCUCCACACAAACUGAAACCCUCAGAACUCAGGGAUGAGCGGUGUCCAGCUGCUGAAAGCUCCACCUGAAGAACCCGCUCAGAGGAUGGCCUCCACGGUGGUGCCCCGCGGUGUGUUUGAACCCUCCCCGCCUCCCACAGCGGUCUGGCCUCCUCUAGACUUUGCACUGGGCGCUCUGGCCUGCUGUGGCGCCUGUGUGUUCACCAAUCCCCUGGAGGUGGUGAAGACUCGUCUGCAGCUUCAGGGGGAGCUCUGCGCACGAGGAUCCUACCAGAUUCACUACCGGGGAGUCCUGCAGGCCCUCUGGGUGGUGGGCCGCACCGAUGGGCUGAGGGGUCUGCAGAAGGGGCUCUCAGUCGGGCUGAUCUACCAGGGGGUGAUGAAUGGAGUGAGGCUGGGAUGUUACUCCUACUGUGAAUAUCUGGGAGUCACCGCCCUCCCUGGUGGGAGUUUGUUGUCAGGGGCAGGUGUCGGGGCUCUGGGGGCCUUCUGCGCUUCUCCUGCUUACCUGGUGAAGACCCAUUUACAAGCUCAGACCAUUCAUGCCAUAGCAGUGGGUCAUCAGCAUAACCAUCAGGGCGUGUCCAAUGCCUUCAUUACCAUCUACAGAAGAGAAGGUCUGAGCGGUCUUUGGAGGGGCGUGAACGGAGCUGUGCCUCGAGUCAUGGUGGGAUCAGCUGCUCAGCUGUCAACCUUCACCUCAGCCAAGGACUGGGUGUCACAUUCUCAGUGGUUCGGCUCAAACAGAUGGCUGAUGGCGCUGAUAGCCGCUACCAUCAGUGGCGUGGCGGUAGCUAUCACCAUGACUCCCUUUGAUGUCAUCAGCACGCGGCUCUACAACCAGCCGGUGGACAAGCUUGGCAGAGGCCACCUUUACCGGGGCUUUUCCGACUGUUUGCUGAAAGUGUGCCAAGCGGAGGGUUUGCUGGGGUUGUACAAAGGCAUGGGCCCCGUCUUUGUGCGGCUGGCCCCGCACACGGUGCUGAGCAUGCUGUUCUGGGACCUGAUGAGGCAACAGGCCAUCGAAUGGGACUAGAGGAGGAAGCACGACAUUGAAACCCAGGGACCUCUCCUUUGCUCUGGGAUAAUGACUCUUAUGCAAGUGUGACAUUUUGUAAAUUAACCGAGUUAAAAAGACACAUUUUAGUGAAAAUAUAAAUGCCUUUUCUUAUUAUAUGUCCUACAUCAGGAGAAAAAUGCUACUAGAAUAUGUUAACACCGAAGUGGGUCCUUAAUGUGGCAUAAUAUAUUUAAUUCUAAUAUUAAACACUUAACUCUGAUUGAAAAGCCAUUUUGUCAAAUGUCACACCACUGCCUUCUGUGAAACACAGAAAUUGAAAUCUGGAGCACUUCGUUAUGAUCCACACUUGUGUGAGAUAAAUAUUGAGAAUUUCUUUGUCAGGAUUUUAAAAACUUGAUCAGGUUUCCUGCUAGCAGGAGUGUUACACACUGUGAAUGGAACUCUAAAGUUUGUUUUCCAGGCUUAAAGUGUACGGUUGACAUUGUUUAUUGUUGUUGAUUUAUUUUUAACUUACUAACAUAUGAAAUAUGUGCAAAGCCAAAAAUACUGUUUAAAAGAAGGGUUUUUAUGUACAGGAAGUCAUCCUGGUGAUCUUAAGGCCUUUAAAGUACUCCCAAUAAUCAUAAAUAAAGGUUUAUUUUGUAAGAAACA